AUGGAUAGUGAUAAUAAACACGGUGCUUAUGAUAAAUCUGAACCUAUUUAUGAUGAACCCAUUAAUGAUGAAUUUGUUAAUGAUGAAUUUGUUAAUGAUGAUGUAUUCGUUAAUGAUGAAUUCGUUAAUGAUGAAAAUGAUAACGUUCAAGAAAUUAAUAAACCUCCUAAUAUAUUUGCUGGGAGAAAAACCCAAAGAGAAUCUGUAGCUGAAUCGAGUUCAAAAAAAGUUAGA